AUGGCUUCGGUGAGACAAUUUCCCACCAUCAAAGCCAUCAGGUCGUAUGUGAUUGGCGGCGUUGGCUCAGGUGGUGAUUAUCACAACGUUAAGGGUGGCCAUUGGCUGAUCGACACGGAUAUCUCAACACCGUGUUCCAUAUGGGACAAGUAUAAGAAAUCGCGUACAAGUUGGGGUAUCAACGUUCUCGGAUCGUUUCUUAUCGAGAUCGAGGCCACCGAUGGCACGGUAGGCUUCGCGACGGGCUUUGGCGGCCCGCCAGCUUGCUGGAUCGUUCACAAACACUUCGAGCGGUUUCUGAUCGGUGCCGACCCUAGAAAUACCAACCUACUAUUCGAACAGAUGUACCGAGCCUCUAUGUUUUACGGCCGUAAAGGACUACCGAUAGCUAUCAUUUCUGUUAUCGACCUUGCUCUUUGGGACUUGAUCGGCAAGCUAAGAAAUGAGCCCGUAUAUAAGCUCAUCGGCGGCGCGGCACGGGAGCGGAUAGACUUUUAUUGCACGGGACCAGAGCCGAUUGCUGCGAAGGCGAUGGGAUUCUGGGGAGCCAAAGUUCCACUUCCGUUCUGCCCGGCCGACGGCCAUGAGGGUCUGAGGAAGAACAUAGAGUUCCUCCGCAAGCAUCGCGAGAGUGUAGGGCCAGAUUUCCCCAUAAUGGUCGAUUGCUACAUGAGCUUGAACGUGUCGUACACUAUCGAGAUCGCUAAGAAGUGUGAAGACUUGAACAUCAACUGGUGGGAGGAAUGCUUGUCCCCAGAUGAUACCGACGGCUUCGAGCAGAUCAAGAGGGCGCAUCCUACGCUCAAGUUCACAACGGGAGAACACGAGUACUCGAGGUACGGAUUCCGUAAGUUGAUCGAGGGGCGCAAUCUCGAUAUCAUCCAACCCGACGUCAUGUGGCUCGGCGGCAUGACAGAGCUUCUCAAGGUCUCUGCUAUGGCUGCCGCCUACGAUAUUCCUGUCGUGCCUCAUGCUAGUGGACCUUAUAGCUACCACUUCGUCAUAUCUCAACCUAAUACUCCCUUCCAAGAGUAUUUAGCCAACUCUCCUGACGGAAAGAGUGUUUUACCGGUCUUCGGCGACCUUUUCCUCGACGAACCUAUUCCGACAAAAGGUUUCCUAACUGCGGCCGACCUCGAUAAGCCUGGCUUUGGCCUUACCUUGAACCCUACCGCUAGAUCGAAGCUGAUUCCGUCGGACUAUCUAUUAAGUCCGCCGCCGGCGAGUAUAUUGCAGAACGCAACAGGGCUACCCGAUGCCCAGAAAGCGGAGGCGGAACCUACCGAGAAGAAAAACUAG